AUGGAAAAUCAGGGUGGAGAUUACAGCCCAAACAGGUUUUCAAACUCAGCAAACAAUAUGAAUGCAAUGUUUAACAAUGAGAUUACUGGUAGAAGUGAUAUUUCAAACGCAAAUAAGCAACAUGGUGCUUCACGUCUGGUACCUGAAACACAAAUGUGGUCGAUGCCUGUACCGGAUCAGCUGAUGACGAUGCCUAACAGAGAAAACACCAUUAUGGCAAGCAAUGCAGGAGGUCCAGAUAUUUCCAUGAACGUGGCUUACCCCAAUGCAAUAUACUCGCCAACAGAGCAACAGUCUCAACUACAGACACAACAGAAACGUGAUGUCAGCACCAUGAUGGAACACACUAACAGUAAUGAAGUAAGCGGCUCUGGUAAAAACCUUAAGAAACGUGUAUCAAAGGCUUGUGAUCAUUGUCGAAAGAGAAAAAUUAGAUGCGAUGAAGUGGAUCAGCAGACCAAAAAAUGUUCAAACUGUAUUAAGUUUCAGUUGCCCUGCACUUUCAAACAUCGUGAUGAGAUUCUUAAGAAGAAAAGAAGACUGGAGAUCAAACAUUCAGCACCGGAGAAACCACUUCAAGCUCAAAAUAACGUUCCAGAUCCCGUAGCUUCUCCUACAGUACCCAAUAGCGGAAGAUUUGAACCUUUCAACGGGAAUAACUCCUUGGAAAGCAAUAUCAUCGAUAAAGUUUCCAAUAUCCAGAAUAAUCUUAACCAAAAAAUGAACUCAAAAAUAGAAAAAUUGGAUAGAAAAAUAUCUUACAUUAUUGAUAGUGUGGCUAGAUUUGAGUGGCUAUUGGACAAGGCGGUCAAAAAGCAGGAGGACAAACACAAGGAAAAGAACAAUUUGCCUAAACCAACGAGAAAGAUAUACUCUACGGCAUUGUUAACUGCCCAAAAACUAUAUUGGUUUAAACAAAGCUUAGGCGUGAAGGUGUCAAAUGAGGAGUUCCUUUCCCCAAUUAGCGAAAUAUUAAGCAUAUCUUUGAAAUGGUAUGCAACUCAGAUGAAAAAGUUCAUGGAUUUGUCAUCUCCAGCUUUCUUUUCCAGUGAGAUAAUAUUAUACUCAUUACCUCCGAAACAACAGGCAAAGAGGCUUCUUGAGAAUUUUCAUGCUACCUUGUUGUCUUCUGUAACUGGUAUAAUAUCGUUAAAAGAAUGUCUAGAUUUAGCAGAGAAAUACUACAGCGAAAGCGCCGAAAAACUUACAUAUCCUGAACACUUGUUACUAAAUGUGUGUCUCUGUUCAGGCGCAUCUGCCACUCAAUCAAUUAUAAGAGGUGAUUCGAAAUAUUUAAGAAAAGAUAGAUACGAUCCAACCUCCCAAGAGUUGAAAAUGAUCGAAAAUGUAGCUUUGUUAAAUGCCAUGUAUUAUUAUCAUAAGCUGUCUACGAUAUGUUCAGGUACAAGAACACUGCAGGCUUUGUUACUUUUGAACAGAUAUUUUCAGCUUACGUACGAUACUGAAUUAGCAAAUUGUAUUUUAGGAACAGCAAUUAGAUUGGCGGUUGACAUGGAACUUAAUAGAAAAUCCUCUUACAAAUCGUUAGAUUUCGAGGAAGCCAUGAGGAGAAGGAGUAUGUGGUGGCAUUGCUUUUGUACGGAUAAGCUUUAUUCUUUAAUGCUAUCCAGACCCCCUAUCGUUGGGGAACGAGAUAUGGAUAUGCUUACAGAUCAGAAUUAUUACGAAGUGAUAAAAGCUAAUAUUCUACCGGAUCUUAUCGAUAAAAAAGAAGAUCUCGAUAAGAUCACUGAUGUUAACUCUGCAUUAAAUGUAGUUGUAAAUUUUUGUCAACAUAUAUCCCUUUUCAUAUCCUAUUAUGUUUCAAAAUUGGUCAGUAUUGAGAGUAAAAUAUACUCUACUUGCUUCGCUGUCAGGAGUACUCUGGACCUCUCAUUUGAUGCCAUGCUUGAUAAGAUCAAAGAUCUGAAUGAUUCUUUGAACAAUUGGAGGAACAACUUGCACGUGAGUAUGAAACUCAAAAGUUACAAACAGUAUUUAUCGGUACUUUACGCCCAAAAAUCCCAAGAAAAUCCAGCUUUGAGUUUUGAGAUUGCAUGCUCACGUGUUUUGAAUUGUCAUUUUAGGGCACUAUAUUCUAAAGUGAUUUUGAGUAUGGUGACGACGUCUCUACUGAUUGAUAACGAACGCCUAUACAAAGGUUCUCGCCAUGAUAUUCCUCAGAUAUUUAUGCUUUUUUCAAGUCAAUACUUAAACGCCAGUAAAGAAAUGUUACAGCUAUUCCAAGGCAUUAAUUACCAAGCGCAUAUGUAUAACGAGAUUAUGUAUCAGUUCUCUACUGCUGUGUUUGUUCUCUUCUUCUACGUUGUGGAUAAUAUUAACAAUUCAAAAAAGAAAGGUGAGAUAAAAGAAAUCAUUGAUAUUCUAAAAAAAUCUUACGAUCGUCUAGUGGGCGAAAACGAUGAGCAAUUGCUGUUCGAUAAUGUUAAAUGGAAUACUUUAAUCGUGUUCUACAGCCACUUUUUGAGGUACGUUUUGCAACGCUAUCAUGAGAUGAGCGAUUCCAUGCCGACAUUUGAUCCUAAGCCUUACGAUGAAACAAUUACUAAAGUUAUCGCACAUUCAAGAAAAAUAAAAGAUGAAACUGUCGACCAACUAAUUAUGAGUCUGAAAUCAUAUGGUUCUUUCCAUUCUUUACAAAAGGGCAACGAAGCCGCCCUUGCAGAUGAUGAGCUCAAUACGAACGACAUUGCUUCAGAAGACUUUGCAGAAGAAGCUCCGAUAAACUUAUUUGGUGAGUUAUCGGUCGAAAUUUUAAAACUAUUAAAAUCUCACUCUCCUAUCUCUAACGUUGGAGAUCUAUCACCCCCUUCGAAUAAGAAAGAAAUAUCAGAUGACUCAUCCCUGUACCCGAUUCGAUCGGACCUAACAUCUCUUGUUUACCCCAUUCAUAGUUCUGAUCCCGGAGAUACUCUUUCCAGUGAUCUAGAGACCCCGGAAAACUCUGAUUCUAGUAACAAUGAUGGAAUAAAGGAGGAUUUCGAAGCUUUUAGUGCCCUAUUACCUUUAGGAAAAUUAAUAUAUGACAGAGAUUAUUCUUUCGUGAACACUUUUAGAGAUUAUGAAUAA